GGAUGUUUGCGCUCCUCUUCACCGCCUCUCGUUUCAUGCAGAAGUUUUAUGCCUCCAGGAAAGUCUUUGAUCUGGAGUCCUCCUCUUGGCAGCCAGACGGUAACAGCAAUCAGACCCGGACCCUAACCUAUACCAUCACCAUCAACAACCCGCUGGUCGGGAAAUUCACCUCUGCUACAGACAAACAGAUUCUGUACAAGGAGAGUCAGGAAGGUCAGUUGUACAACGUGGACACGGAGGUGAUCACACACGACGUCCCGUAUCACGAUUAUUUCUACACUGUGAACAAGUACUGUAUAUCCCGCACCUCCAAGCACAAGUGUCGUCGAUUACGUGUGAUCACAGAUGUGAAGUACAGGAAGCAGCCAUGGGGUCUCGUUAAGACUUUCAUUGAGAGAAAUUCCUGGAGUGGUCUAGAGGAUUACUUUAAGCAGUUGGAAUUGGAUCUGCUGGCGGAGGAGACUCCGGGAAGCCAAUUGCAGGACAGCAGCAAAGCCAGCAGCAUCAGGCGGAGGAGACGGACACACAGCCGCAGUCACACAGACCACCUAACUAAACACAGUUCACAGCAUGACUCCGGGGAGGCGGGGCUCGACACCCCGCAGGAAAUUUCAGGCAAAAGAAAAGAUGGUAUCCGAAGAAAUACCAUAGUCAUCAUUGUCAUGAGUGUUUUCCUGGUCUUGCUCGUCAUACUCAACAUUACACUGUUCCUCAAGCUGUCAAAGAUCGAACAUGCCGCACAG